AUGAAGUUUCGAUAAUAAUUUAAUUUGGAUGUAGAUUUACCGCAUAAUUCACACUUUUAAUCCGAAAGCACUCCUAAAGAAGAAUAUAUAGGAGAAGAAAUGAUAAGAUUCAUUAAAUUUUCCACACCAACAGAAUCCAAUAGAUUUUUAAAUGGACAGAUGUCGGAAGAGAAUAAUCUAAUUAUUAGCGAAAUGAUAAAGAUAGAUUUUUCAGUUUUGGAAAAUAGAAUAUGGUAAUAAAUAAUAAUUGUUGUUAUUGAUUUUAAUACUACAUUAAAUAUUGUUUUCUUAUAAAUUAAAUCUAAAAUUAUGAGUAAAAAGGACAAAGACUUUACAGGGUAACUUAAAUGUUGGAUAACCUAGAUUUCCAGGAGAUUGCAAUUAAACUUAAUUAAAAGCUUUGAGUGAUUUUCGAAAUAUUGUAAACCAAAUGGGAUUGAGUGAGAAAAUUUAUGAUGACCCAUAUUUAUUGAGAUUUUUAAGGGCUAGAAAGGUAUGCUUCAAUUAAACAAAUUGUUUGAAGUAACUACAGAGCAACGUUUAAUCAAAUAUUAUAUCCAAUCCUAUGAAUUAUUGCUCAAAAGAAUUUUCCCUGCAUGUUCUUAAACUAAAGGAACAAAAAUUGAAUAAUCUUUCACAAUCUUAGAUCUUAAAGGAGGAUCUAUGAAAAUGGUUUCUAAAUAGGUUUACAACUUUAUCUAAUUAGCCUCAAAUAUUGGAUAAAAUAAUUAUCCAGAAAUCCUUGGAAAGUAAUUAUUUCUGUUAUCCAUUUCAGAAUGUAUAUAGUAAAUGCCCCUAUGAUGUUUACUGGUAUUUGGGCAAUGAUUAAGAUUUGGCUAGAUGAGAAAACAAAAAAUAAAAUAACAAUCUUAGGUUCCUCUUAUAAAGAUGAAUUAUUAAAACAUAUUGAUAUAGACAAUUUGCCUGAUUUUCUUGGAGGUAAUUCUAAAUGUGAAAAUACUGAUGUAUUAUCAUAAAAUAUUGGACCCUGGAACCCUGAUGGAACUAGGCCUCUCUUUCCGGUAGAGAGUCCUCCUCAAUUAGAGUAUGCUUUCAUAAUUAAGGUUAUUUUAGAGAAGAAUUCUAAUAAUAAUUAACAUAGACCUAAGAAGAUGAAGAUCAAAAAUAGAAAUUAGAUCUUUUAAAAAAUGCCCUUGCUGAUAUGUAAUUCUCUGCUCCUGUUGAAAAACCUCCUCAUAACCCCAAUAAAUACGAAGUCACAACUUAAAAUAAUCAUAUUGUUAGUGAUACUCCUUUAAAUACAGAAGUGGUAUAUAUACAUUUAUAUUUAAUUUAGGGUGAAGAAGAUAAUUAAUUUUCAUAAUCAUAACAAUAAUAAUUAUUUUAAUAGUUGCAACAAGAGUGA